AUGUCCGUGAAAGAUCACAGCCCCGGACAGCCACUUGCGAACGCCGCCGACUCCAAAGAUGCAAAGAGCGAUGGCUUCCAGGUAGAGUCUGGCGAGAUGGUAGGAUCGGAAAAGUCAUCUGCGGCACGCGCACCAGUAUCAGGCAUCACGAGGUUUUUUACCGGCCCAGAGCUGGAAGCGCGCAAAGCAAGGUACCGAGAAGCGGACAUGCUCAGCGACGAGAUCGAGACGGACGCGACGGCUGCUGGAGGAGAAGGCGGAGCAGAAAAGGCGAAGCAGAGCGUUUUGAACAAGAGGGAGACAAGCGGCUUGAAGAGGGAUAUGGGCUGGAAAGGCUGUGCUUGGAACAUCACCGCCUACUCCAUCGCCCUCGGUGUACUCAGCUUGCCCAACGUGAGUGAUGGCGUCACAUUCGUGCAAAGCGCGCGCGGGUACAGCACUCCCUGCACAUCGCCGCCUGACUCGUCUUGCUACCUCACCCAUCACAGGUGGCAGCUACGGUUGGCAUUGUGCCUUACAUCUUCCUCAUCCUCAUCUUUGCCUACCUUACCUGGUUCACCGGUAUCAGCUAUUGGCACCUCCAGCAAAGAUAUCCGGGCAUCCACUCUCUCGAAGACGCAGGCCAUUUGCUCUUUGGCAGACCAGGUAGGGUCAUCUUUGGAACUUUGCAGUACCUAUUCUCCAUCUGCUUGGCUGGCAACCACGUUUUGCUAGGUGCCAAGGCAUUCUCUCGGCUGGUGAGUGGCGCAUCGAGAUGUUGUGCACGCGCUUGCUAAACAGCAUGCAUUCGUCUUUCACAGGGAUGGCAUGCGCCAGAGACGUGUGCCAUCGCGCUCUACUUCACCUUUACCGUGAUUUCCUUCCUCUUCACCUUGCCACGCAGCUACAAACUCUUCAGCUACCUCGCAGUCGUCUCUGUGUGCUGCAUCACAGUCGUCAUCAUCAUCACGAUGAUAGCGGCCAACAUCUCCGGACCCGUCAAUCAACCCGCAGGAUCGCCUGAACCUGGCAUCAGAGCUUUCGGCUCUCUGCUCGACCCUCCGCCCACCUUCUUGCAGGGCAUGCUCGGCGUCAGCAACCUCUUUGUAAGCUUUGGUGCAAGUCCUACGUAUCUUCCGGUCAUGGCGGAGAUGCACAAUCCCAAACGAGACUUUCCUCGCGCUCUAGCUUUCCUUGCUAUCUUUCAAAUCGUCGUCUAUCUCCUCGUCGGUGGAGUUGUGGAACGAGGCUUGGGACAAUAUGUCGAGUCGCCCAGCUUGGCGAGCUUGAGCCCAGUGAUGAGCAAGAUCGGGUAUGGGAUCGGACUGCCGACUAUUCUGCUGUAAGUCGAUUCUUUUUGUCUUUCAGCUUCGGCUUGCGCAUCGCUUACGAAACGCGUUGAUCCAAUUUGACGUCCGCAGUGCCGGCUGUGCAAGCGGACAAGUGGCUGCGAAGCACAUCUACGUCAAGCUCGGUCGCACACAGCCCAGCUUGUUCCGUACCAAGGCUCGUGGGUGGUCCGUUUGGGUUAGUUGCGAAGGGCUCAAUGGGCGCGCUGUGACGUUGGAAUGGCUCACACGUCGCCAUGCUAAAAUCACCUCGCAGAUCUUUGUCAAUAUCAUCAAUUGGAUACUGGCUUGGAUACUCGCCGAAUGCAUUCCGUUCUUCUCCAGCUUCCUCGGUGUGGAGUCGAGCGCGUUUUGGACAGCAUUUUUGGCGUUUGGCGCCGCUUUCAUGCUGUUCUGCGCUUACGACGACAAGCUGCGUGUGGGCGGCAAAGCACAGAUUUCCGGCGAUGCGGAUCUCAAGGCAUACCGAGCCGAGGUCCUGGUCGCCAGCACGGAUGAAGAAGCACGCACUCAACACUCCACCUUGCUGCGCUGGGCGUGCACAAUUCCUAGUCGCCCAGCCAGCGCGUGGACCUUUGCUCUCGUCGUUUGGCUCAUCACUUCCCUCGUUUGCAUAACGGGAAUGUGGGGAGCUGCCCUGUCCAUCAGGGACUCGUACGCUCAAGGCGUUGUCGGACGUCCCUUCUCUUGUGCCAUUACCGAUGCUUGA